AUGACGUCAUCUUCCUCCUCCUCCUCCCCUUCAUUCGUAUCUCGUUUCUGCUCAUCGGCGCUUCGCUCCAGGCCUCUCUCGCCGCCUACGGACACCGCCGUUCACUCGAGCUCCGACCAAGGCCUCGUUCGCCGCCUAGGCGUAUUCGAUUUGAUUCUACUCGGCAUCGGCGCAUCUAUCGGCGCCGGAAUAUUCGUCGUCACCGGAACCGUUGCUCGCGACGCUGGUCCUGGAGUGACAAUUAGUUUCAUCAUAGCAGGGGCAUCUUGUGUGCUCAAUGCACUCUGCUAUGCUGAACUAGCUUCUCGCUUUCCGGCUGUUGUUGGGGGAGCAUAUCUUUAUACAUACUCAGCAUUCAAUGAGCUUACAGCUUUUCUUGUGUUUGCUCAGUUGAUGCUUGACUAUCAUAUUGGGGCUGCUAGCAUAGCUCGUAGCCUAGCAAGCUAUGUAGUUACUGUCCUAGAGUUGAUUCCCUUCCUCAAGGAUAACAUUCCUAGUUGGGUUGGGCAUGGAGAAGAAGUUUUUGGAGCUUUAUCUAUUAACGUAUUAGCUCCUAUCCUCCUCGUGCUUCUGACCAUAGUUUUGUGUCGCGGUGUUGGAGAGUCCUCAGUGCUGAACUCAGUCAUGACAGUGACAAAGGUUCUCAUUGUUAUUUUUGUCAUCAUUGUUGGAGCAUUUGAGGUUGAUGUCUCAAAUUGGACUCCUUUUGCCCCAAAUGGUGUGCAGUCCAUAUUGACUGGAUCAACUGUGGUCUUCUUUUCUUAUGUUGGAUUUGACGCAGUUGCUAAUUCUGCUGAGGAAUCCAAGAGACCCCAGAGGGACCUACCUCUCGGCAUAAUUGGUAGCCUCCUGGUCUGUAUUGUAUUGUAUGUUGGUGUCUGCUUAGUAAUUACUGGAAUGGUCCCAUACCAAUAUCUCGGGGAAGAUGCUCCUUUGGCGGAAGCUUUUACUUCAAGGGGAUUGAAAUAUGUCUCUGUGUUAAUUAGCUUUGGCGCUGUUGCUGGGCUUACAACGACGCUUCUGGUUGGGCUUUAUGUUCAGUCACGGCUAUAUCUUGGACUUGGAAGGGAUGGUUUACUACCAGCCAUAUUUGCUAAAGUACACCCAACGCAACAUACCCCGAUUCAUUCUCAAGUUUGGGUUGGUCUAGUUGCCAUCAUCUUGUCCGGACUUCUUAACGUGGAAGUGCUCUCGCAUAUUCUGUCAGUUGGAACCUUGACGGGGUAUUCAGUGGUUUCAGCAUGCGUGGUAACCCUUCGCUGGAAGGAUAAGAGCUCGAGUCAGAUAUCCAGCAAGAGAAUUUCUGGGAGAGGAGAAGGCAUCAUCUGUCUCUGCACAAUUGCCUGCUCCGGUUUUGCUGCUGGUGCCCUCUUUCGUAUCGAAGCUUCAUUCAUAUUCAUAACUUUAGCUGCUGUAAUUGCAGUCUUGUCUGCUGCAGCUCUCUAUCUACGACAAGUGUACGUAGAUCCACCGGGUUUUUCGUGUCCCGGAGUUCCUAUUGUUCCAUGUGUCAGCAUUUUCGUCAACAUUUUCUUGUUCGCUCAGCUGCACUACGAAGCAUGGGUGAGAUUUAUAGUGUUGGGCAUAGUUACAAUCGGCAUCUAUGCGUUUUAUGGUCAGUAUCAUGCAGAUCCUCUAAGCUCCUCUGCCUCUACUGUUUACCACCGGGCACCUACUGAAGAAGCGCCCUAGUUAUUUAUUCUAGGGUUAAUAUUGUUUCAUGUCCCGAACUUCCGGUGUUUUUUUAUAAAAUGUCUCGAACUUUCAUUUUCUCCUAAAAAAUCCCGAAUUUUCAGCGUUUUCCAAUAAUGGCGGUUCCCAGAAUAUUUCAUUCGGCGAGAUAAGUCAUCUUUCCGUCACUGAAUUUUACAUAGCAAAACAUUUUAUGGAAACGCUGAAAGUUCGAGAUUUUUUAGGAGAAAACGAAGAUUCGGGAUAUUUUAUGAAAAACGUUGAAAGUUCGGAACAUAAGAUACUAUUAACCCCUCUAUUUUGAUGACUCCCGUGUUGUAAUAUUUGUACUUGAUAAUUUAUUUUUCUGCUUCCAUAUAAUGCAUAAAUGCAAUCAUGUGAAAAUACGUAAUAGAGACUGGGAUUAGUGUAGACGUAUAUGUAUUCAAAUGGUUUACAUUAUUUAACGUGGCAGGGGAAAUACAAGAUCAUGCUUCGAUAUCA